AUGAGUCAGGAGACAAGAGAAUCUAGUAUAGUGUAUGAAGAUCCUAUAGAUAUUCCACUAGAGGAGGAAGACGACGACGAGGAAGACGAGGAAGAUGAGCAGAUUGGUCACAGUGAAGACGAGGAGGAUGGCGGUGGCGAUGAUGAUGAUGAUGACGACGACGAGGAUGACGAAGACGAUGAUGAUGAUGGCGACAAUCAGGGAAGUGAGAUUCUGAGAAGCAGCACCGCAACGCCGAUCAGUCGUCCUAAUACGGUAUCGGAAACUGGAGACACUGACGGCAAUGAUGGAGAUAUGGAGGAUGGGAAAAGAUCACCCUCUUCUUCACAGGAUAGAGUAAACAAGUUUGCGAAACUGGACCCUACAAAAGCGCCUCCGGGCAAAAAAGUCCCACUGCAUCUUUUAGAGAAGAGGAGGUUGGGUCGUAUCAAAGCUGCAGAGGAAUUUGCUAGAAAAUUAAAACAGAUCGGUAUCGAAAAAAUUGAGGCCAAUACUUUGCCCCCAACAGGCCUAUUUCAACCUGUUUUAUUGAUCAAUCAGAAAAAUUACUCAUCUGAUUACCUCAAAAAAGAUGAACAGGUGUUUGCACUACGAGAAAGAAAAACUAUUAGAAAUAAUGCUCAAGUGUCAACAGUUAAUAACACACCUGAUGUAACUGACCUAAAAAAUAGUCAGACGGAAGCUAACGAUAUCAUAAAUAAUCCUGAUGAAGACAUUGACUUGAGUGAUGCAAAUACAACAAUUGUCAUACAUCCAGGCUCAAAGUUCUUGAAAAUCGGAUUUGCGAAAGAUGAAACUCCUACCGUAAUACCGUGUUGUACGGCUAUACCAAAAAGUGAACUUGCAGAUAAAGAGAAAAGUCCAAAGGCACCUAAAAUAUCGAAAGAACAGUCAGAGAAAUUCGAAAAUGAAAAAUUGGAGAUUCAGCAAAGUUUCAGAGAUAGAAUGAGGUAUUACAAGAGAAAAAUGCAGCCAAAUUCCCGAGAACAAGUUUUAAGUUAUAAUAAAGCCUCUAAACCACAAAUAAUAGAUUCUAAGGGUGACCCGCAAAGAAUAAACUGGAUAUUAGAUGGAGACAAACGUUAUUACGGCGACGAAGCCAUCAAAUGCUCACUGGAAAAAUUUGUCAUUAGGUAUCCAUUCCACAAUGGAGGAUCCUUCAAUAUCUCUUCACCAUACUAUGCUUCUUUGCAGGAUCUACUAAGCGACGUUAUUAAACUGUUGGAACACGCAUUUUCAAUGGAAAAAUUCAAUCUGACACCAUCACAAUUCUCCCAAUAUAAAGUUGUACUCGUCAUACCUGAUUUAUUCGAGAAAAGUCAUGUUGAACUUUUCAUCAGGACUUUACUGACUGAAAUGCAAUUCCAGGCUGUCGCAAUCAUUCAGGAAUCACUUGCAACAUGCUAUGGAGCUGGUUUGAGCUCUUCGACAUGUAUAGUUAAUAUUGGCGCUACUCAAACUAGUAUAGCAUGUAUUGAUGAAGGCACUGUAUUAGAAAACAGCUUAGUGAAUCUAAACUACGGUGGCGAUGAUAUAACGAAAUUAUUUGCAAUUUUUUUAAUGCAAAGUGCAUUUCCAUAUAAAGAUUGGGAUAUAACGUCACCCCAUGGAUGGUUAUUGGCGGAACAACUGAAGAAAGACUUUGUCACGUUUCAAGAUGCUAAUGUCACAGUUCAGCUCUAUAAUUUCAACAACCGUGUACCAAAGGCACCACUAGAAAAAUACGAGUUGAAAGUAUUCGAUGAGGUUAUGUUGGCUCCGCUAGCGAUUUUUUAUCCAGAAAUAAUUUCGACUUUGCAUUCCACUACCAAAAUGAAUGAACAAAAGAACAAAAUCUUGCAAGCUCAACUUCCUAUCUCAAAAGAUAUAUUUACUGAGUGUGUUAAUGACUGGAGAUCAUAUUCACAAAAUGAUUGUUUAAACGGGACAUUAUAUUGUGGGAACAAUAAUGAUGUCGAUGUAAUCACGAAAAUACUGGAUUUACCCACGAAAAUUGAAGACUUUCAAAACGAAGCCCCAAUGAAUCCUGAUAUGAGAAAAAACUAUACUCCAUUAGAAAAAGCUAUUGUUCAAAGUAUCACAAAUGCAAGUAUUCCGUUGGAUAUCGCUAAAAUGUCAACAUUCUACUCGAACAUUUUAGUAGUGGGUGGUGGAUCAAAUAUCCCAGCGUUAGAUUUUAUCUUAACGGAUCGCAUUAAUAUAUGGAGACCAAGGCUGUUAAGUUUAACUACAUUCCCAAACUUUUAUAAGAAAGUUUUAAAACAGGCAAAGGAUAUGAGAGCAACUGUUAAAUCCGGAAAGGCAGAAGAAGAAGAAGAAGAGAUGAAACUGAAAGUUGACUCAAUGAUAAAAGAAGAAUUGCAAAAAUAUUGGGAUAGUAUAGAGGCACAAAAUGGCAAUGAACACUUAUUGCCAGUCAAUGUACUUCCUCCACCUCGUGAUAUGGAUCCCUCAAUGUUAAUUUGGAAAGGUGCAAGUGUGCUAGCACAAAUCAAACUGGUGGAAGAAUUAUAUUUGACAAGUACAGAUUGGGAUAUUCAUGGUAGCCGAAUUUUACAAUACAAGUGCCUCUUCACAUACUGA